AUGACAAUACCUCAAUCAACAACACCACCAGAUUCAUUGUCUUCAUUGUUAUCAGCAACCGGCUUAACUUUCCCGGCUAAAUGUCAACAUCCAUCGAGUUCUCAAGUACAAGUUCAAGCGCAAAGUCAGAAAGUUCAAUCUCGAUCUUGUUUUCAAAGUCAUUCUCAUGCCCCAGCCCCAUCACCACCACCAGUAAGAAGAGGGGGCAGAAAAAUACAGACGGGCAUAGAUCCAAAACUUGCUAGAAGACGUGAACUCAAUAGAAAAGCAGCGCAAAGAUCGCGUCAAAAAUUUAAAGAAUUUCAUCAUGGUUUGAUAGAUAAAGUUAUAGAAUUAAGAGGCGAAUUGGACGGAUUGGAAGCAGAAUAUGUGGAAAUAAUUAAAAGCUAA